UACGCCCAUGCCACACCCAUACCACCCCCACACCUACACCCAUACCACACCCAUACCACACCCACACCUACAUCCACAACACACCCACACCUACAUCCACACCACACCCAUACCCACACCGAUACCAUCACAAAUUCAUGCUCUUAGAUUAGAAGAUGAUUCGGAAUUAAUAUCGACUGAUACUCUUUGUCAUACAAUAGAAAAUGUUAAAAAUCUUGAAAUCCCAACUAAGAACAAAAGAUCAAAUGUUGGAUAUCAUAGAUCAAUUUGUUCAUAUUAAUAAUUUUGAGUUUAUACGUGAUGAUUUUCGGAAAAGUGAUUAUUUAGAAUUUUUUUAUUGAGAAGUUAGAUCUUUAUUGGUUGGAAAAUAAUUCGUAUCGUCUCGGUAUGAAUCAUUUUACGUUUCGACAAGGAGAACAAUAUCAAUAUAUUCAAAUGUCAAUUGGUGGUCCAAAGACUAAAAAAUAUUCCGAAUAUCCAUAUCUAUUGAUUGAAUAA